AUGAAGUCAUUCUUCCUCCAUCGAGGAUUUGGUGUCGCUCUUGCGGCAGUCGCUGCAAUAAGUGCCAAUGUUGGUGUUGGAGAGGGCAAUCCCCUAGCCACCUCGGAUCAACGCGAUCUAGAUGCGCUAGCAAUUGAAUUGAAUCAAAAUUAUAGCUUCCCAGUUCUCAAAGCUGAAGCCAAGGCUGCAUAUCAGGCAGCCCAUGGGCUGCCCAUUAGUGACGAAGCUUCCGCAAGCCUUGACGCGGCUAUUGACGAACUGAUCUUCAGCGCUAUUCAAAAAUCCGUCAACAACGAUGCAUACCAUCCCAAGGUCUAUUGGGUUGACGCCGGGCCACGGAACUGGUUCGAUCUGGAUGUGCCGGGCGGAAGAUAUUCCUAUGAUAACCCGGACUGCAUCUAUCGCACGAUACCGAUCGACGAUAGUCUUAGUUACAUCGUUAAAGGCUACAGGCAUAGUCCAGGGCCAGCAGAUGUGACCUUUUCUCUUAUCAGCGACCCUAAUUCUCAGAAUACUGUGGCCUAUUUGUCUGGCAGCGAUUUGGUGGUGGAAAGCGAUGGAUCUUAUACAAUUACAAUCAACAGCUCAUCUGCUGAUGGUGCGACAAAUCAUAUCCAGUCAACUUCAUCCGCCAAACAGUUAUUUGUUCGAAAUAAUCUUGGAAACUGGCUAUCUGAGAAGCCCGAUAACAUUUCUGUUGAGAUCGUUGAAGACACCUCCAGCCACGCUGCUGUCAGUAUCUCAGAUAUAAUCGCUACGGCAAGGUGGAAUCUCCAAGAAUCGAUUGUGGACUAUGGCGUUGGGGCUUUGGGAAUCAAGACGAGCAUCAACAAGGUCAAUACACUCUCGACACCCAGCCAGUCGAGCACUCUUGGCACAUUGACGACCCAGGCAAGCUCGUUCGGCCACUUCAAUCUCAGUGACGAUGAAGCGCUCGUCGCCACUCUUUCCCCUGGCCAGGCAGACUAUUUUGUCUUCCCGGUAACAGACCCCUGGAUGGUAACAGUUGAUCCAAGUCUCCAGGUCAGCCUCAAUAACGAGCAAGCUAUCUCAAAUCCCAAUGGGACAUAUACAUUUGUUGUUUCUGUUCAGGAUCCAGGUGUUUAUAAUUGGAUCAAUACAACUGGGCUCCAUGAGGGGACCAUAAUGGUGCGCUGGCAAGGCUUACCUGAAUCAUCUUCAAGCUCGUCAACCGAUUCACCUUCCAUCGACGUACAAGUGAUUUCGAUUUCCGAACUUCCAGUCUUUCUUCCUGAUGGGACACGUUGGGUGACCUCGGAGGAGCGUGCAUCGCAGCUCGCUGAUCGUAUUAGCGGAUACAAUCAAAGGAUAGAAUUCUGA